AUGAGGUCGGUUUUCAAGCUAUAAACAGUGUUUCAACUCGGGGUUACCGUAACAAAAAAAUUUUUUGGUAAAAAGAGAUUCGUUGAUUUCGACGGCGGCUGCUGAUCUCUGUGAAAGCUCAUUAUUAAAAUUAUGUGUGUAUAAGAAAAAUUUGGCCAGGGUUAGCUUAUGAGACUAAAAAUUGGAGACAAAGAAAGAACUCUAAUUUUCAUAGCUUAUAAGGGAAUCGACACCAUUUUGAAUACUAAAUUUUGUAGUCGGUUGUCAUUGAAUGUUUUUAGAGGAUGGAGAACUGACAAUGAUCGACGCUGGAGGCUUAGUUCUGGAUGUAACGCCAGAAAUCCACUGUUGGUUCCAAGAUAUCGAGCGCUCGUAAAGCCGAUUGUGAAAUCAGCUUUAAUUUGCACAGCUAUUAUCCUCUUUAUUGUCUAUGGUAAGCGGCAAACACAAAAUUCACCCUUUGCAAUCGUUUUUGCCUGCUAUAGUCGAUAUAAUUUUAGUCCGUCGAGAAUUUGUUCCGGACGAUUUUGAGGCUGAGCCGAUCCGAUUGAUACGACCAUGGGGGAUUGAUGUCAAUUCAGCUGCGAUUUUUAAAAAUGUCAUAAAAUAUUACAGUAUGACAGAUGCCUCAAAGUCAUGUGAAAGGAAACGGAUUGUGAUUAGUGUAAUCUCAGCGCCAGCGGAUCAAGAAUAUCGGGAUUACGCAAGAAAAAGUUGGAUAAAAGUGAGAUUCAUGGCAUUUUUUGUGGUUUAGGACACAAUCACGCGUGUUUGGAGCGAUUCGUAUUUUGAAAUCUCUAAAAUGAAUUUUGUCCAUCGUGUUUUUAGGACCUGCCGUCGUAUGUUGCUUAUCAAUUUUUAAUUGGCGCUGUAACCGACUCGAAUCUGGAAGAGAUUUUAUUCAAAGAGCAAGCUGUUUAUCAUGAUAUCAUUCGUUACAAUCUCUCCGAUUCAUAUCACCGAUUAGUCAUCAAAUCUUAUAUCGCCUUUGAUUGGACUCUGAAAUUCUGCGAUGAUUUUACGCAUUUCGUCAAGAUUGAUGUUGAUGUUUAUCCAAAUAUUCCGGCCAUUUUGAAAACAAUUGAACAAAGAAUACCUGCAGAGAAGAAAUUAUUGUUCGGAGAGACGAGAAUUGGAACCCCAGUGCUGAGAUGGCCAAAUAAAAAGUUAGUUGAAAGGAAAAAGGUUAUGCCGCAGACCGUUUUUCUCUCUGUGUACGCAUUUUACGUACUCUCUUGACGGCAAAUAUUAUUUCAUAAAGCGAUCGCUAGGAAAAGAUCCAACGCAUUCAUUUUCAGCUACAUUCUUUCCCGAGACAUCCGAGAAGACAUUGUCCCCGUUUUUUCUCGUGGAGCCAUGUACAUCUACACGAGAGAAGCGGUCAAGUCGUUGUUGGAGAAUGCAAAGAAGAUCAGUGUGUUCAGGGCUGAAGAUGUUUAUUUCAACGGGAUCGUCAGCGAGGUAGCGGGUAUCGAGAGAGUGCAUUCGGAUAAAUUUUGCGUUAAUUUGGUAAGACUUGUACAAUUAUUAUAACAUACUUCCUUAAAAUCAAGAAAAUGGUGACUUCGGUAUGACUCAAAUUGCAGGCAGAAGACAAAAACAUUGAGGACGGUCUAACUUACUGCGAACUUACUCCAACGCAACUGAUGGAAUAUCAUUUAAGAAUAACUGGUAACCGGAUAUAACAGGUACUUUGUAUGUGACUAGGUCGCUGUAAAUAAAGUGUAACUUGUCGAAAAUUAAAAAAAAAGGAAAGAAUUUAAAAAUAAGGAAGAAAUUUAAAGUAUAACAGGUCAUAUGCAAGGCAGAUCGAAGCGAAUUGUUUUAAAUUAUAGUCGCAAUAAAAUCUUUGGCUACCGUUUCCGCCAAUAAAAACGGGCUUUGAAAUGGAAAAAUUGCAUGAAGCAUUGAUGUUAUUGGUACAUAUCUUUUUGAAAGUAAUACAUGAGAUGGAGGUCUCCUCAGCCCUGUCAAAGAAUCGCCAAUCAGCCCUGUAGGACUUUGAAACCAAACACCCCAUCAUACGUUCUCCAUGAUUGCCAUCGCCCGCUUCUGAUAAACUCCUAGCUACAUUUCGCAGAACUCCGUUUCCGAUUGUGAACUUUUGGGCACAAUUUGUCCGCUUUCCCCCGCGCAGUCUGUUCGAUUUGUAUAAAUAAACAGAAUCAAAACUAGAGAUCAGGCUUGAACCGUCAACUCAGCGGCUACAUGGGGAACGGCGGAUAAUCCGGCUCCUUCCUCGAACUUCAUUAAAACUUUAUGUAACGGGAAAUCUCAAUUAUCCCAUCGCCUCAAAUCCUCCACCGCAGGCGGAGUAUAAAACCCCACCUCUGGCAAACAGCCGCAUCACAUCAACCACCAUGUCUAUGGUUAGAGUCGCAGUCCUUCUGGCGUUGGUCGCCUACGCUUCGGCUACUGUCUCUUGUCCCAAGACCAAGGCCGCCUUUGCGAAGUGGAUUUCGGACAAAGUUGACGACGAUUUGAUCGAGCUGGGCUUCACCAGUAUUUACAAUGACACACAGAAGGGCGUCGCUUACAACAAAGUGGCUUCUGGUAAGUUUACAAUAAUUAUUGGAGGGAAUGCAAGGGCUUUUAACAUGGUUUUCGUUAAAAUCAAGCUCGCUUCAUCUGUUCCAGUAGUUAGAAAAAUGCAGUUUCUUCGGUUUCAAGCAAUUUCUGAUGGCUCUUUAUAGAGUUUUGUUAACAAUUUUAAUAAAUCAAAUUUGCAGACCUCUACGAUUCCUGCAGCAGUAAACUCCUCGGUGAAACCGCAUUCUACGGCCCAGCAAUGAAGUUGUACACCGGCCUCUCCAACUGGAAAACUGUCUUGAACAAGGCCAUCACUCAGAUCAAGAAGACCUGCAAACCCUACUAUGUCAACAGACUCCUCAAGAACAAGCCCAAGACUGUCGCCGCCUUCGACAAGAAGAUUGGCGGAUGGAUUGUAAAGAAGGUGGUCCGAGGAACCAUGCUCAACAUCAAGGGCGUCGUCUCGGCCUCUGACUGGAAACAGAUCCUCUCCGAUUUGUGGACCCCCAUCCGAUUCGACAAGAACGGCUUCACCAAGCCUUAA